AUGUUUCAACCGCUGAUCGUCGGGCUGUUGGUGCUCUCAGGCACCGCCUUUGCAGGUAGUCCUGCCAGAGUUGAAACUCAGCCUCUCGUUAAAUCAAAGCCUGGUUCUCAGCUAUCGAGCGAGCUCCGUCCCCAGGCAUUUAACAAUGCUACCCUGCUUGUGGCCCGCGACUUGAACGACUUUAAUCUCUUCGCGCGACAAACGUGUAGCAAUGGAGGACCGGAAUGUGAUAGCGGCCUCUGCUGCGAUCCUGGCCAGAACUGCGUCGAGGGUGGCUGCUGUGACCAGCCCAUGAUUGAGUGCGGCGCCGACGCUUGCUACGACCCCGAAACGGAAACCUGCUGUGAGCAACGAGGGACGACUUGCGAUAUAGGAUACGAGUGUGUCGACCCGUCUGGGUGCUGCAGAACCGGCUACGACUACUGCAACGAGGACUAUUGCUAUGACCCAGAGACAGAGAUCUGCUGCGCCGACGGGACGAAAUGCGACCUAGACGAGCGUUGCGUCUCGGGUGGUAGAUGCUGUCCAGAUGGUAGCAUCUCGUGCGGCGAUGACUCGUGCUACGAUCCUGACUUCUCCAUCUGUUGCACUGAUGGCGGCGACGCCUGGUCAUGCUCCAAGGGCGAGAGCUGCUGUGCCUCGUCCCAGGGCUGCUAUGACCCGGACACGGAGAAGUGCUGCCCUUCCGGCGCCUGCUUCGAUUCUGGGAGCUGCUGCGAUAGUGAGUGCUGCGAUUCCGACGAGUCGUGUGGCUUCGAUGGGUUCUGUACGACCAAGCCGACGUCGACGUCGACGUCGACCACCUCGACUACCGAGACCACCUCGACUACCGAGACCACCUCGACUACCGAGACCACCUCGACUACCGAGACCACCUCGACUACCGAGACCACCUCGACUACCGAGACCACCUCGUCUACCUCGUCUACCGAGACUACCGAGACCACCGAGACCACCUCCUCUUCCGCUUCCGAGACCACCACGGAUGGAGGUGAUAGUGACGCCCAGGGCGUGGGUCCGGGGUCAGGGUCGGGAGAUCCUCCAGAUAAUGCUGGGAACACCUUUACAAACCCUAUACCCAUGGUUGCUAGUAUGGGAUUAUUGAUUGCCGCAUUCAUAAUUUAA